AUGCUAUGCUUUCGCAUUCCACAAGCGAAAGCAAGGCUGCUUGGUCUACAAGUGCAUCUCCUGUUGCAAAGCAAGACGGCAUGUGCAGAUAGAUAUGCGGUGGUACGGAAGGUGUGGCAAGAUAUCCUCGACGCAUUUCCACAUAUGCCUGAUUUUAGCUUAGAGGAAGUGCGCGAGAUAAUGGACGAAUUCCACCAGGAAGGUUACUGCAAGCGCAGAAGAACCAUACUGAAGAGUGUUCAGAUGCACGAUCGCCCGACGGCUUCUCUUGAUGAUGUACCAGAAAAUUUGAGAACGCUUAGAGACGGAACAACUUUUCUUCAAUUCUCCUCCCCUGGACUGUAUAUAUACUACUCGAAAACGACUAUUCAGAAAGCCGUCGAGAACGGGCUGACCGCGCUGGUAGCGGAUGGUAUCCAUAAACUACCACCGAAAGCUCUUGGAGAUGAUGGACAACUACACUGUCCAUGGAGUGUGUAA